AUGGACGUCUGCGAGUUCCUCGCCGAAGAUGACCUCGUGGAGAUCGUGCCCACCUUCAAGUACGAGAAGCAGCUCAACCUGAUCACCGGCGACUUUGGCCCCUUCUGGCCGUCCAUUCCGGUGAAGGUGCCGAUGUGGCUGGCGAUCAACCUCCACCGGCAGAACAAGUGCAGCAUCGUCUCGCCCAGCUGGGUGCACGCCCUGCCGCGCAUUCAGGAGCAGCAGGAGGCGGAGACAGCCAAGCUGCUGCCGCCGCCGGAUGAGCAUUGGAAGGAGACGCUGAAGCUGCUGGAGCAGGAGUUCGGCCGAAGCAUCCAGUGCUCUGACCUGAGCGAGCGACGUGAGGCCAUCCUCAAGAAGUCGGUGCACCUGAUGUUCGAUGAUGCGCGCGCCAACAGUGGCAUGUUCCUCGGCGACAUCACCCUGGACAACGCCACUCCGGCGGAGCUGUUUCUCAUAAAGAAGCUCGUCUCAAAGGGCUUUCAGAGACUGCAAGAGCUGAGAAGAACUGCAAUGAUCGCCGCUAGUCGCAAGUAUAACUAA